UCUUCCACUUCCUCUUUUCUCAAUAUCAUUCCUAAUUAACAGUAGUGUCUCUGCCACUAUAUAUUAUCACUGAGAUCCUUAGAGGCUAAGAAAGAAGAAGCCCUACAAUAUGUAAUAUAAAAGGAGCAACUAAAGCAACGAUCAUCUCUCUCCAUCUCUAUACCUUCCACCGCCGGGGAAUUUCUUGCUUCCCAACUUCUUCGUCUAUCAUCUUCAAGCGAAAAAAAGAAAAAGUAUCAGAAAGAAAAAGAGGAGGAGGAGGAGGAGGAAGAAGAAGAAGCAGAGAUGGUGUUUCCUUCCGUUCCGGUGUAUCUUGAUCCACACAACUGGAAUCAGCAACAAUCUUUUCCGUUCCCAACUGCCGGAGGCGGAACCGGUGGCGGGGAGGUUCCUCCGCUCAUCCCCGGGCUAGCUGCAGUGACAAGACCUCCGGAAGCCGCUGGCAUGGCUGCCGCUCCGGAAUCGGCAGCAAGGGCUGUCUCCAUGUCGGAGCGGGCUCGGCUCGCGAAGAUCCCGCAACCGGAACAGCCGCUCAAGUGCCCGCGCUGCGACUCCAGCAACACCAAGUUCUGCUACUACAACAACUACUCGCUCUCGCAGCCGCGCCACUUCUGCAAGGCCUGCCGCCGCUACUGGACCCGCGGCGGCGCCCUCCGCAACGUCCCUGUUGGCGGUGGAUGCCGCCGCAACAAGCGGAGCAGUAAGUCGUCUGGCGGCAGCUCCUCCAAGUCUACUGCGGAUCGCCAGGCCGGCGGCGGCACUUCGUCCACGUCUUCCACCGCCACAGGAGGCGGAGGAGGCAGCGGCAUCUCUCCUGGCCUACCCCAGCCUGGACAGAUCCCCUUCAUGGUCUCCAUGCCCACAACUCUGGGCCACUACGGCGUGGCGAACAAUCUCGGCUUGAACUUUGGGAUUCCGACGAUGGAUGCCGUGACGGCGGAGUAUCAGGUGGGAGGCAACUCAAGCAAUAUCGGGCAGCUGGAGCAGUGGAGGCUGCAGCAGAUCCAGCAAUUCCCUUUCUUGGGAGGGGGAUUGGAGACACCUUUGCCGACGGUGCAACCGUCCAUGUCCGGUCUGUACCACUUCACUGGCGAAGGGAGGCAAGUCGAUGGCGCAAAGGCUGUCUCAGGCUCUUCACUGAUCACACAACUAGCUUCGGUGAAGAUGGAAGAUCACAACGAUCAAUUAAGGCUCAAUUUGUCAAGGCAAUAUUUAGGUCUCUCAGGAAACGAUCAAUACAAUUGGAGUGGCACUGGUGGCGCUGCCGGUGAAGGCGGCGGCUCUACUAGUGGAAGCAAUUGGGCGAUGACAGAUCUCUCCGUCUUCAACUCAUCUUCCUCAGGCAAUAACAUCUUGUAAUGAUCCUAUUUUGCAGAUCCUGAUCGAUGGUUUAUAUUCCUGUGACAAUUGGUACUUUAAUUUGGAAGAAGAAGAGCUAGCGUGUUUAAUUAUAUAUGGUCUGAUCAUGUCUUCCCUUCAAGAAGAGUAGAGAACUAAUUAUUGGUAGCUAGGUCAGUUCUUAUCUCAUCUUGGAUCCGUAUAUAGUAGUAUUUAAUUGUGUUUGUUGUUUAAUUAA